GUCAUGUUUUGUCGCAAAUGUUUUCUGUUGUGGAGUGCGACACAUAUGUCAGCAUCAUUUAUUAGGUUAAACAAACCUGCCCGCAGGAACGUGUUUCUAAAUUCAACAAUUAUCAGAUUUGAUUUACGUCUUCAAGAUGAAACAUACCCGAUAAAAAUGCUCUUGAAAUUGAAAUGUGCUUGAAUCCCCCAUAAGCUCAGUGGAAGUUGAGUCUUACAGACAUCUUGACUCAAAUUAGAUUGAGCUGAGGAGCUCCAGGCAAGCAGCAACAGCAGCAACCAUGAAUGCCUCCCUGAUAGCCUCCCUGAGUGUGCUGCUCACUGCAGCUGUGGUUGGCAAUGCCUUCUACCAGAAGAAACAGUUCUACCCAUCAGUGGUGUACCUCACCAAGUCCAAUGCCAGCCUGGCAGUUAUAUAUGUUCAGGCAUUUGUGCUUGUCAUUUUAUUUGGAAAGCUGGUGAGGAAGAUAUUCUUUGGUCAGCUACGAGCAGCAGAAUUUGAGCACCUGAUGGAGCGCUCGUGGUACGCGGUGACGGAGACGUGUCUGGCGUUCACCAUGUUCAGAGACGACCUCAGUCCCAAGUUUGUGGCGCUCUUCACGCUGCUGCUGUUCCUCAAGUCGUUCCACUGGCUGGCAGAGGACCGCGUCGAUUAUAUGGAGCGGAGUCCAGUUAUCACCUGGGUCUUCCACAUACGAAUCAUCUCGCUGCUGGUGCUCCUCUCUCUGCUGGACGUGGCGUUCAUCGCGUACGCGUACCACUCGACGGUGACGCGCGGUGCGUCCGUUCAGCUGGUGUUUGGGUUCGAGUACGCCAUCCUUCUGACAGCAGUGGCGUACGUGCUGGUGAAGUACGUGCUGCAUACGGUGGACCUGCAGCGGGAGGCGCCCUGGGAGAACAAGGCCGUCCACCUGCUGCACACAGAGCUGCUCAUAGGCUUUGUGAAGGUGAUCCUGUACAUGGUGUUCACGCUCAUCAUGGUCAAGAUCCACACACUGCCGCUGUUCGCCAUCCGACCCAUGUAUCUGGCUCUCAGGUCGUUUAAGAAGGCGUUAAGUGACGUCAUUUUGUCCCGGCGGGCCAUCCACAAUAUGAACACGCUGUACCCGAACGUGACGGAGGAGGAGUUGCAGAACACCGACAGCGUCUGUAUCAUCUGCCGAGAGGAGAUGACCGCAGCCGCCGGCGCCAAGAAGCUACCCUGUAACCACGUGUUCCACGCGCUGUGUCUACGCUCGUGGUUCCAGCGCCAGCAGACGUGCCCCACGUGUCGUAUGGACAUACUGCGCGCUCCGGCGCCGGCCGCCCCGCCGCCCCCACCCCCGCAGCCGCAGCCCCAGCCGCCGCCCGCGCCAGGACAGCCGCCACAGAACGCCGGCGCUCCGCCGUUCCUCUGGCCGUUCCCGCCGCCCGGCGUGGUGCCGCCCGCUGGAGCGGGCAUGCCGCCCCCGCCCCCGCCCGCCGCCGCCGCCGCCGGUCAGCCGGCAGCCGGAGGCGCCGCCGCUGCCGGGUCACCACAGCCGCCACCGCCGCCACCGUUCGGACAUCUACCGGCAUUCCCCUUCGCCCAGUUCAUGAUGAUGCCGCCGAUGCCGCCUCCGCCGGCCGACCUGUCCGGUCUCUCGGAGCAAGAACUGCGUCUGCUGGAGAGCCAGGAGCGGGCCGGUCUGGAGGCCCGCGUGCGUGCUCUGAGGGACAUUCGCACUCUUCUGGACGCCGCUGUGGUCAUGAUGGAGCAGUACAGCCGCGCCGCCGCCGUCGCAGGAGUGGCGCCUACCGCAGCACCUCCAGCAGCCGCUGCUGCAGCUCCCGCGGCUUCUGCCUCGACUGGAGCGCCCUCUGCCAGUACCGCCACCGAGGGAGCCGCCACCGCCGCCGCCGCCGCCUCCCCAGCAGCAGAAGGCGGCGCGGCGGCGGCUGCCCCGCCGAGCCCGACACCCGCCUCCGCCGCCCCUGCCGCCGAAAAGACACCGACCGCUGCUGCCGCCAGUCCGGCCGCACCGAAACCGGCCCCAGCCGCCGCCGCCGUCGCUGCGGAGCCAGUCUCGGAACAGGAGGAGCUGCGCAGGAGACGCGUGCAGCACUUUGAGCAGCGCGGCGAAUAGUGAGUGAGCUGUUUAUGAACACCAACUGUCGAUAUUGUGUGAAUAUCGACGUGUCACCCUGCAAUGGAACAUACGGGCGGGUAUGAUACGAAAUGCUGAUAAACCCAUGCUACGAGGAUAAAGAAGAUCGCACGUUUGUGACAAGACAUACCUGAUAUGUAAUGCUGCCCUUGGUGCAAGUUAUGUGGUGGCAAUAUUCACUAUACAGUCAAUGGUUCAUGUGAACCCUGUCAGUUCACGGAGUCAAACCCUCGGUUUAUGCGCUGUCCGAGAAAGAAGACCGCACAUUUGUGACAACAUACCUGAUGUGUAACACUAACGCUGCCCUCGAUGGGAUUAUGUGGCGGCGACAUUCAGUCACUGGUUACGGUAAACCCUGGCCCGGUUCGGGAGUCGCACCCUCGGCUGGUGGGCUCCCGGACGGGCCAGUCCGGGUGUGAUAUGAUAUCCGAUAUCUGACGCGGCCGGGGCGGGACAGGCGCCGCCGUGGUGGCGUCUGUGACAGACGUUACUGGGACGGUCCUUCAGUUUGUGUGUGCGUGUGCCGAGUUUAUUUAUUAUAUCGGCCGGCCGUGGUGGGACCGGAUAGUUCGGACCAAUACACGGGCGAAUUCA